GGUUUACGGGCACUCUAUUUCCAUAUUUCAUAAGAUUCGACAAAACAAAUUAAAUUGUUGAUAAAUAAUUGGUUUUGUACAUUAAAUUGACUAUAGCCAUGCUACGAGCUCUAAAAGGACAUGUGGAGUCCCCACUGAUAGUUGUCACACGUGCUGCGUCCACAAAUGCGGAGAAGCUGGAAGAGAUCCGAGAGCGCCUGGCCAAGGGUCCCAACUUUCAGGACUUUGUCCAGAAUCCGGAUUACUCCAAAAGUGAGUGGGAAAACUAUGAAGGAAAGCUGCGUCGCGAAAAGGGCGAGGAACAGCGUUUGCGACUUCCACCCUGGCUGAAGACCACGAUUCCCAUGGGCAAAAACUACGCCAAGAUCAAGAACCAGCUGAGAGACCUCAAGUUAUCCACAGUUUGCGAGGAGGCUAGGUGCCCAAACAUCGGCGAGUGCUGGGGUGGUGGCGAGCACGGCACCCAAACAGCGACGAUUAUGCUAAUGGGCGACACUUGUACUCGCGGUUGUCGUUUCUGUUCAGUGAAAACUGCUAGGAAACCACCACCACUAGACGACAACGAGCCUGUAAACACCGCCACGGCUAUUGCAUCCUGGGGAUUAGAUUAUAUUGUUUUGACGUCGGUUGAUCGAGACGAUUUGCCUGAUGGGGGAUCCAAGCAUAUUGCUAAAACUGUGAAGGAAAUUAAAGCUCGAAACUCAAACAUCUUUGUGGAGUGUUUGGUGCCAGAUUUUCGCGGAGAUCUAAGUUGUGUGGAAACCAUUGCCAACUGUGGCUUGGAUGUUUAUGCACACAACAUUGAAACCGUGGAGAAGCUCACUCCCUACGUACGAGACAGGCGUGCUCACUAUCGUCAAACCCUAAAGGUCCUCUCCGAGGCGAAGCGAUUCAAUCCAAACCUCAUCACGAAGAGCUCGAUUAUGUUGGGCCUCGGAGAGACAGACGAGGAGGUUGAGAACACCCUUAAGGAUCUGCGAGAGGCCGGCGUCGACUGUAUUACAUUGGGACAGUACAUGCAGCCCACAAACAAACAUCUUAAGGUCAUCGAAUAUGUUACGCCGGAAAAGUUUAAGCACUGGGAAGAUCGUGGCAACCAACUGGGCUUUCUGUACACGGCAAGCGGACCCCUAGUCCGCAGCUCCUACAAAGCCGGUGAAUUCUUUAUUACGAGCAUAUUGGAAAACCGAAAGAAGAGACAAACUUUAAACUCCCAACCUGAGCAAUAGAUGAAUGCUUUAAAAGAAAUGGUGGAUGCCUCUAGCUUUAUGCUCUUUUAGGGAAAAUGGAAACCACUUUUUGUUUUGUUGCGAUGUAGUGCCUAUUAUGUACAUAAAAUUUAUUAUUUUAAAAUAAAUUCGAAUUGUUGAUCGUUUA